AGCAGCGACUAUUAAAGCGCUAGUCAACGUCAAGCCGGUACUCAAUAUUUUACGAACCUUCAACAGUACAUCAACUGCUGACAUUUUCAACGCUGCCGCCGUUGCAUUGCUAGUGUGUGUGUGUGUCCUGUAAUCUCGAAAUUUUCUACUUAAAGGAUAAUAAUAAAUUAAUUAAAGGAGCAAUAUGGUCGCUAACAAAAAAAUCGCUUUCGCCGUUCUGCUGGUCGCCGCUGUGAUGAGCGAGGUUUUGUGCCAGCAAGUCGCUGAGGAUAAUGCUUCUGAUGUUGCUGAAGGUCGCACAUUCAGCCAUCACUUCCUGAAGCGUUUAAGCUUUGCUGUCAUUCCCGGUGCAUUUAUUGUUGGUGUGAUCACCACACUGUUGGCCGCACUCACCGUUGUCUCCAUGAAGGGACUGGGUGUUGGUGUGAUCCUCUUGAUUCUGGCUAUCGGUCAAAUGCUGUCACGCGCCAUUCCUCAAGUGCAUGCUGCCGCUUACACCGCUCCCGCCCCCGUGCCGGUAGUCUACUCGCACUCGCACACCCAACAACCCGUCUGGCUCGAAAAGGAAUGGUAAAAGGCGUCACGCAUAAAAUUAAAGGACUCUUGUUACCUCAGUGAUGAUGAAGAUUUGUCCAAAACACAAAGAACAACGAAUGCUUAAAUUAAAC